AUGACGUCGGCCACGCCCACUUCUUCUCAUGGCCCCGCCCCUCAGAAGAUCUGCCACUCCCAGACACAGACAGACGUUCUGAAGCCUCUGCUGGGAGGCGGGGCAUGGGAGUCAGGUGACACGCGGAGGAGGGUGUUAUCCAAGGACGGGCGGAGCAACGUUCGCAUCGAGCACGUGAGUGGGCGUGGCGCUCUGUACCUGCGCGACCCCUGGACCACCGUUGUGGACAUGCAGUGGAGGUACAAACUGGUUCUGUUCAGCGCCACGUUUGUGGGCACCUGGUUCAGCUUCGGGCUGCUGUGGUACCUGCUGGCGCUGGUGCACGGAGACCUGCUGGAGUUUGAUCCUCCAGCAAACCACAGUGUGUGUGUGAUGCAGAUGCAGACGCUGACGGGGGCCUUCCUCUUCUCCCUGGAGACUCAGACCACCAUCGGAUACGGUUACCGCUGCAUCACCGAGGAAUGUCCGUCUGCCAUCGUCCUGCUGAUCAUCCAGCUCCUCAUCACCACCGCCAUGGAGAUCUUCAUCACCGGAACGUUCCUCGCCAAGGUGGCUCGGCCAAAGAAACGUGGCGAGACGAUUCGCUUCAGUCAGCAUGCGGUGAUAGCCAAUCACGACGGCCGACCGUGUCUCAUGAUACGAGUUGCCAACAUGCGCAAAAGUCUUCUGCUGGGCUGCCAGGUGACAGGGAAGCUUCUCCAGCCGUGUGUGCCGAAGGAGGGAGAGACGGUGCGUUUGGACCAGAAGAAUGUGACCUUCAGCGUGGACACGGCCAGCGAGAGCCCCUUCCUCAUCCUCCCCCUCACCUUCUACCACACCAUCGACGACGAGAGUCCGCUGCGAGGCUGGGCCGACAAGGGGGGAGGAUGGACAGAUCCAGAUCCGGCUGAUUUUGAGCUGCUGAUUAUGAUGAUCUCCACAGUCGAACCCACAUCAGCCACCUGUCAGGUGCGAACAUCAUACCUGCCCGACGAGGUCCUGUGGGGGUACGAGUUCACGCCCGUCGUGUCGCUCUCGCCGACGGGAAAAUACGUGGCGGACCUCUCGUACUUCGACAAAGUGGUGAAAACCAAGACCCCGCCCCUUUUCAAACAGACCCCGCCCAGCGGGAGCGGAACGGACCCGGAGAAGAUGCGCCUGGAGCAAAUCUACCGAGCGGGAGCCGAUGAGAGGCAGACGGACAGCCGUCCACUGAGCGUGCGCAUUAGUAACGUGUGACAGACAUGCGCAGAUCAUCUCUGAUCAAUGUAGGAUGAUUGACAUGAUGAUAAUCUUCAGCAGCGGUUCGAGCAGGACAGAUUUUAACAUAAACUGUGUAGAAUAACACAAAUGUCCUUAAAAUCAAUCACUGAAAUGAUUAAUAUUGCAUGAACAGCAUCAAAACAAGAUGCAAAAUGAUUAACAGCACAGGCUGAAUAGGAAAAUUGAUCACUUUGUGUAUUGCUAGUUCUUGGAAAGUUGAAUAGUGUAAUGAGCUUUUUAAAUUUAAACAGCAGUUUGCUUAUUAUAUUAUGAUCUUUUAUGAGCUGAUAUUGUUUGCCAAACCAUUUAACAUAAUGUUUGAAGACAUUCAGCAUCAAGCGCACAAAUGCAUCAAAACAGCAGAACUGACUGUAACACACUGAACGAGUGACAGAUUGACCUUUGACAUCAGUGACAAACAAAUGUAUUUUGCACAAUUAUCUGGUUUACUGCGUUCAUCAUGUGUUUCCCUGCGAGAACCGCUGCGGUAAACACUGAUGAUCACGUUCUGCUUCAGUGACACCGUCAUCAUGAUUUAAUAUCUUAUUCUCAACUCGAUCUGAAGGCACUUUAUACUGUAAUGAGGGCAAAAAUGGCUCAGAAAAGAGAAAAUCUUGUUCAUUGUUUGUUUGAUAUUUGUCUGUAUAUGCAGGAUAAAUGUGUGUUUCUCUGUAAUAAUUGACUGGAUACAGAGCUGCAUCAUAAUCCACAUUAAUAAACAGAUGCUGAUGAUUAAUCUGA